AUGUGCAAAUCUAACAAUCAAGAUCACCAAGUCAUUUUGUUCCAUAACAAAAUUAUGAAAAUGAUCAACAUAUUUUUCUUAUUGGUUUUGUGUUUGGUGACUAUUACAAGCCAUAGAGUUGAUGGAAGUCAGAGCACAGUGAAAGAAAAUUUAGAGUUGGAGAGACAACUAAAGCUUAUUAACAAGCUUCCUAUCAAGAGUAUUCAGACAAAAUUUGAGUACAUGGUUGAUUGUGUUGAUAUUAACAAGCAACCAGCUUUUGACCAUCCUUUACUUAAAAAUCAUAAGUUGCAGAGACGACCUCUUUUUCACAUAAAAAAUGGAAAAACAAGUGCGAAGAAUUCACCGACAAAUCUCAUGUUUGGACUUGAGAAAGUGGAGUGUCCAACUGGAACGGUUCCUAUUCGUAGGACAACAAAAGAUGAUCUCAUCCGUUCAAAAUCAUUAUGGAAUGAUAAUAUCUUAACUACAAAUGUCGUUCGCCAUAAUGCAGAAGUAUCUCUCAAGAAGCCUGGUCAACAACUUUAUUAUGGAGUUAGUGGAACUACUAGUGUUUAUAAUCUAAAGAUAAAUAUUGCUCAAUCAAGCUCAUCUCAUAUACAUAUUCAAAAUGGAGAUGGGACUAAUAAAAUUAUUGUUGGAUGGCAUGUAUUUCCCCAUAUAUAUGGAGAUGAUAGGCCACAUGUUUUCGCAGCAUGGACGUCAGAUAAUUUCAAGAAAACCGGAUGCUACAAUAUGCAAUGUCAAGGUUUUGUUCAGGUUGAUAGUCAAUUUCACAUCGGUGGAGCUGUGUCAAACGUAUCUGUCUAUGGUGGACCAAUGUCUGAUUUGCCAAUUACUAUUUUCCAGGGAAACAACAAAUGGUGGGUGAUGAUACACAAUAAGGCGGUUGGAUAUUUUCCGGUAGCUUUGUUCACCAACUUGUAUGUAGCUGAUCAAGUGUCAUGGGGUGGAGCAACAAUAGCUAUUGAUGCUCCUAGUCCUCCGAUGGGAUCAGGAUACUUUCCUGAUGGGAACCUUUAUCAUUCAUGUUAUUUUAAAAAUAUUGCAUUCAAAAAUGGAACUACAUCCCCGAAUUUUGGACCGGAUAAGUUGUCGAUACAAGAAUUUACCGAUUCCCCUAAAUGCUAUGGAGUUGAGUACUAUGAAAAAACAAAAUACGGGUCGGAUGAUUAUACUCUUUUAUUUGGAGGACCUGGUGGUAAUGAAUGUACAUAA